AUGGCCGACCAAUCACCCAUGGACGCCGGCGCAUUCGUGACCGACGCCUUCCUCCAGUCCGUCUUGCAGGCCGCCGCCGAGGCUCGCCGACAAUGCCUGCAGAUGCUCGACUUCAUCGACCAGAAUCGCGCCGCCCAGCCUGACCCCGAUGCUGAGAUGCAGCUCAGUCGUCAGCAAAAGACCCUUCACGCCAACCUGGCCAAGCUGCGCGGUCUCAAUCGCCGCGCCGUACUCGACACGCGCAACACCAAGCAGCAAACCCAGGAAGCAAAGUCCGAGAUCGAUUCUCUGCACCUCCACUUGCAGAACCUGUACUACGAACAGCGUCAUCUCAUCGGCGACAUUGCCGCUUGCCANGGGCUACAAACUCUACCACUGAUUCCCGUCGACGAAAUCCUUGCUAUCAACCCUGAGCUUGCCGGCGCAGACGAACACGAUCUCAUGGUGGCCCGUAUCAAUCACGAACACGCCGAACGUCAGGCCUUGGAAGAACAACGCCAAGGGCUNUCUCAAAAGAAGCAAAGCCUGAUCGCCGUGAACAACAAGAAGAAAGACAAUCUCGCCGCCCUGGAUAAGGAGAUCGAAAAGUUCAUCGGUUCUGCCAACCCGGUCCAGCAAAAGUUCGACCAACACGAUCAACAAAACCAAGAGGCUGCAGCUUCCGCUUGA